AUGAAGAUCUCUUCAAUUGCUCCUGUGCUCGCCUUGAUGGCUGCGCAGAGCGUCAACGCACACACUCUCUUUGCCGAACUCUAUGUCGACGGCCAGGCUCAAGGCGAUGGCACUUGCAUCCGCAUGCCCUCGGAUCCCAACACUGCCACCAAUCCCAUCCCCAGCCUGGACAGCAGCGACAUGGCUUGCGGUGUUGAUGGCACCAAGGGUGUCGCUCGUGUUUGUUCGGUCGACAGCGGCUCCACCCUCAGCUUCGAGUACCGCGACUGGCCCGACAACCCAUCGGUCGGCAGCAUCGACAUCUCCCACAAGGGACCUUGCGCCGUCUACCUCAAGAAGGUCUCAUCUGCCAUCGACGACGAGGGCACCGGUGAUGGCUGGUUCAAGAUCUGGAACGAAGGCUAUGACGAGUCCGCCGGCAAGUGGUGCACCGAAAAGCUCAUCGACAACAAUGGCCACCUCAGCGUCAAGGUUCCCGAAGGCCUCCAAGGUGGUUACUACCUUAUUCGUCCCGAGCUGCUUGCCCUCCACAAUGCCGACAAGGGUGAUCCUCAGUUCUACGCUGGCUGCGCCCAAGUCUGGUUGAACUCUGAUGGCACCCAGCUUCCUCAGUCAACUGUGUCCAUCCCGGGCUACGUCGACUACAACCAGCCCGCCACCAGCUUCAACAUCUGGAAUGAGAAGAUGGCCCUACCCUAUCCCAUGCCCGGUCCUUCCGUCUACACUCCUUCAUCUUCCGCCAAGGUCGGCAACCAGAAGCUGAGAGUCUCCCAGCAGAAGCAGACCGAAGGUCUUGCUCCCAGCAACAGCAUCAUCACCAAUGGCAACUGGAACGGUAUCGAGCUCGCCAGAUACAACGAUCAGGAAGGCUGCUGGAACGCCAGUACCGCAUGCUGGGCUCAGUCCAAGGAAUGCUACGACACUGCUCCUCCUACCGGUCACUCUGGCUGCAAGAUCUGGGAAGGCAAGUGCCAAGACAUCAACGAUCAAUGCAGUGCCAGCAACUACAAAGGCCCUCCCAACUACAUGAAGAACCUCAACCCCGUCGUCAAGCAAGUCAAGCUUCCCGCCGCAGAGGCUGCUCAGACUGGUGACGGUUCUUAUUCUCCUGCCUCUUCCGCCGCCGCCAGCAAGCCUGCCACCACGUUCAAGACUUCGGCUCUUGUCGCCAAGGCCACUGCUGUUGCCCCUCCGUCCAACUCGAACGCGCUCACCGUCUCUACUGAAGGCAACUGCGGCAAUGGCGUGACCUGUAAGGGCUCAAGCUUCGGCGACUGCUGUUCUAGCCACGGUUAUUGCGGCUCCAGUGACCAGUACUGCAGUGCUGGAUGCAACAGUGCUUUCGGCACCUGUGGUGGUCAGUAUAAGAGAGACGAACACAACCACAUGCACGUCCACAAGCACAAGCGCGCUGUUCGUAUCGGUGGCGACGCCAGAAUGAUGCCAUGA